AUGGCAAGCCUAAAGCCAGGGAUUUUCCAAGAAUUUCAGGAGAGGCAUUUACUAUCUCACCGUGACUUCAAACCUGUUAGUGUCAAGGUUAUCGAAUUAGAAAACUUCGAAGCUGAGAGGCCUACUAUUCAUUCCUUUAUUCUCAACCCGGAGGAUUUUGAGGGUUGGUUGGAUCAAAUAAUUACUACGAAUAAUCAUAGUUGCCAGAAACCCAAAUUUCGUAUCAUUCUUGGGUAUGUUGGAAAGGGGGCAAAGUAUGAAUAUUUGAUGCCUGGCAACGAGUUUAGAACUGGAGACAUAACUAGUGAAUCGAUGACUGCUCUGCCUUUUUCGAAAGAACAUUGUCAGCUUAUACGCAAGAAACUUGGAUUGCCUGAUAUAACGUCUUUGUUACCGUCCCGAGGAGCUUCCCCUUUAGUGGGUCACUUUCAACUCGUACAGCUUGCAUCUGAAGAAGGCAAUCCGAUAUACGGCUUAACCUUAAAUGCAUUUACUAGCUUACUAGUUGGCAUUAAAAUUGGCGUUUCGAUGUCGUACUGUCCUUCCACGGGUGUUACGAAUGCUGUGAUGAUGAGAAGUGGUCCUCGGGAUGGAUUCAACUGGCUAGAGCAAGACUUAGAUCAAUUGGCUUCUUUAGCUGAUAACCCUUUCCUUGUUCCUACCCUAGUCAGCCAACACCUUACCGAAGCGUUCUGUUCCGCCAUAGACCGCAACUUCGAUCGGUUGCACGAAGCAGAGUUUAGAAGUGGCCAGACUGGUAUCACGAUGAUCGGAGAGAACGGGAUGCCAAUGUCGCGGGGUAAUUGUGAGGAUCCAAACCUGUCAGUAACGGUCCUCGGAGUGGCUCAGCAUGUGCUUGCCGUUGAAGCUUAUAUCAGAGGUCAACUAUUGACCGUAGAUCUGAUCAAGAAUGAAAUGUUGGCAUUUCCAUGGCAACAAUUUCCCUCCAUAAACCAGGACCGUAUUAAAGAACAAAAUGGGCUUCUCGUCAAACAACUCGAUUUUAUUAGUCGAACACUCGAUAUCGCUCUUAUUCGCAUUGAUCAUCUAAAGCAGCGAACAACUGUACAGGCAACUGCUAUCGCCAAUUUACUAGCUCAGCGUAACAAUGAGAUGAAUUGCAGGUUGGCUGAGUCUAGCACAAGCAUAGCUCACGAUACUAGGCGAGAUAGCUUGGCUAUGAAGUCUAUUGCCGUUCUAACAAUGGUCUUUCUCCCGGCUACUUUCGUCGCUACAUAUUUCACUACGCCUGCUGUAGCAGCAUUGGAGCCCUCGCAAAGCCUCUACUGGGUCGUCACGGUACCGUUGACCCUGAUUGUUGUGAUAUUGUGGAUUUUCUCAUUCUAUAUCCUGGCUAGGGAUAAAUUUCCAUCAUUUAAUAAAGGUAGCUUGGUGUGA